AAAGACGACCAUCUGUAAACCAGACAUUCAGUCACAGCGGUGUCGAGAAUUCACGAUAUUCCAACAGACGCUUGCCGACGCCAUCUUAUAUUAUCAAGCAGCCUCUUUUGACGAGAUUCGGAGCAGCCAAGAUAGCCAGCCGGAUGUUCAGUGUUUCUCUAAGAAUACACCUUCCCUGCCUUGGGGACCAAAGUUGAUGGCCGAGUUACGCGCGACAACUUUGGCUGGUUUUACCAAGAUCAGAGGCUUUGAUCACUCAGGUUUUCCCCAGGCCGUGGAGUAUGGACUGUAUGGUAUACAGUACGACUCGGACAGCGACACAAUCGGCUGGCUUGGCACCUGGAGAAAUGACAACGGCCUCCAACUUCCAGGGGGGAAACUCUUUGCCAAUAAGUUUCAAUCAUUUGGCAAUAGGAUGAUUACCGUCACAGCUCGAGAGGAAGACCCGUUUGUCAUCAAGCAUACUGAGGGCAACCAGUCCAUCUUCACAGGGUUCGCGUUUGAUAUUCUCGACGAGCUGUCGGAACGUUUACAGUUUCGGUACACGGUGCUGGAGCCUGAAGACGCGCGCUAUGGAGUUCAGCAAGAAGACGGCUCCUGGAAUGGAAUGAUUGGAAACGUUAUCAAAGGGGACAUUGCUAUGGCUGUCGGCCCGUUCGCCAUCACGUCGACACGGGAAGCGGACGUGGAUUUCACCACGCCGUUCUGGGAGGACAGCUUCGGCAUCCUGACCCUGAAGUCUCAGAGCGAAACCGGCAAGCUGUUCCAGAUGAUGAAGCCGUUCACGACCCACGUGUGGGUGUCGAUAGCUGCAGCCAUGGUGGUGGUGGCGCUUGUCAGCUUCCUCUCUAGCUACUACUCUCCCUACACAGAGUGGCGCAGAGACAGCACAAACGUCAGCAAGAAGGAGGCGAGCCUAAAGGAGAACUUCUGGAUUAUCUACAGCUCCGUUAUUGAACAAGGUCCGUCCUUCCACCCGUCCGGCAUCUCUUCCCGCUGUAUACUGGGCUUCUGGUGGCUGUUUACCAUCCUGAUUGUGUCGACGUACACGGCAAAUCUGGCAGCCUUCCUCACCGUCGUCGACGUCUCCUCCAACAUCAACAAUCUGGAUGAGCUGCUGGCUGAGCGUGAAAUAGGUAUCCUCCUCGAAGAUGGCGGCAAUAUCAUAACCGUGUUCAAGAAAUCAAACAACGAUCUGUACAAACGUGUAUGGGAGAAGAUCCAGCAAUCUCCUUCUGUAAGUGGAAUCGAUGAGGCCCUGGAGUACGUAAAGACAGGGAAAUAUGCAUAUAUAGGCAUGAAGUCCAUACUCGACCACACGGCAGCCAAGAGCUGUGGCACGUAUGCCGUGUCCAAGGAAACGUUCAAUUCGGGAACAUUUGGUCUGGUUAUCCCGGAAAAUGCGCCCUACCGGGAAGUGGCCAGUUAUAAUAUAAUGAAGAUGUUGGAGGGAGGUUUGGUGGACAACUGGCAGCAGAGGUGGUGGCCCAAGGUGUAUAACUGCUCCGGCGAGCAGAAUGCUCGGACGGGGUCGGCCACGAGCCUACGUCUGGACAGCCUGGGCGGACUGUUUAUCGUUUACUGCGCUAUCACUGCCGUGGGGUUUGUCUCCCUGCUGUUGGAGAUUGUCAUCCGCAGAUGCAACCCCCCUGCUCCGCAGAAAUAGUGGGCCAUAGCUUUAGGACACUUGGCAAACUAAACAACGCGAUGAUAACAGCAGCUGGUUACUGGUAACCAUAUGCAUGGAUUUGCUUCCAAAUCAAUAAUCGGAAUAGAUUGCCAUUAUGUGUAAUGCAAAUAUGAUAUUCAACACCCAGGUACUACACAAAAAACACGUCUGGACAAACAUUUAAGUCAGAUGAUGAAAGAAACGGAAUUCUCAUGUAAAUGACUCAAAAGAGAUAAAUGAUGCAGCACAGUUGCUAAUAGAGUUCCGUUCGCCAUGAUUCUCACUCUUUAGAAACGGAACGCUGUUCCCAGCUUGUUCCUACAAGUACAUCGGCAUCAUCAGCAAAGCGUUCUAUCUGAUUAUUACCAGUAA